AUGGAGCGCAAGAAAACUCCCAGAUUACGUGACGGUGCCGGCGGAGCAAUUCUCGGAACUGUGGGAGCUCGGGACCUCGCCCCGGCCCCCAGCUGGAGGAGCAGAGAGCAUCCAUGGAUGAGGAAGUAUACGGACUCUCACCGAGGUCCGAACCUCAGACCCUUUUGCCGUCAUGGGCCCGAGUUGCAUAGUGGCUUCGCACUGGCCAUCGGCGAGCCGGCACGGAACCUAUCGGACGACAGUUGGUCUCCGAGACGCGGAGGCAAAGCUGGCUACACCCCAAUCCUCGACGGUGGUGCCCGCGGCCCAAUGGACAAGAGUCAGUACUCUCGCCUGUCGCCUGCGAUAUGUUUGGCAUCAAUGCGAGCGAAGAGUUGUGGCAUCGAACAAGCAAGCGCCGCUCGCUAUACAAUUGUAGGCAAGGCGAAACUUGCAAGCCCAUGCCGCGAAGUGGCUGCAGCGAAGAGCCAGACCGUAAUUGUUUACCCUAGCACGGCAAAUGGAAAUCGAGCUACCUCAAGAUACAGGCUCAAAAGUGUGAGCAGAGAAAGAAAACGAUCCGAGUGA